CUGCGUGCUGCGACCAUGUUUCGAGUUAGUGGUUGGCUAGGUUUCCGUCAUCGGGGCAUUCACCGAGCUCCGCCUUCACAUCGCUCUAAUAUUAUCGAUUCCGAAUACGUCAAGAUCGCUGCUGCUCGCCGGAAGCUUCUUGAAAAGAUCUACAAACCUUUUCAAGGCCUUGAGAAGAAUGGCCCUGAGUAUCGAGCUCUGGGAAAGUCGGGGCUCGUCUGGGAGGAGUAUUUCAGACCAUACGACAGCCAAAGAUAUGGCUACACCAGGAUCCAGGAGGAUGCUGCUAUCACCCUACGCGAAAUCGAUGCUUUGAAGGAUGCUAUGAAAGUCCCAGCAAACAUCCUCGCCAAGCGGCUUGUCGAAGCCUAUGCCCACCAGUCCGUCGCUAUCGAGGAUAAUCAUCUUAUUCGAGGAGAGAGCAUCGUACUGGAUGAUCAUCUUCGUUCCAACUUCUUGACAAACUUUGAUCUCGCCUCGUUAUCUCCUCAAGAGCUCAAGGAUCUAGCUCUCCCAGACGUCUCAUUCCUGGUGCCAAAUGCCGACAAACUUCAGGUCACUGAAUUGCGAAAUCACCUUGUCGCCUCCCGCUGGAUUUCUGAGACAUCACUUCGCGCUCUAGGCACUUCAGGUCUCAACGAGAAUGAGGUUCGAUAUCUUUCGUCUGCAUUAAUGAAGGAUUUGAACCCAUGGCGCAAAGGCUGUUAUCCUCCUGACCUUGGGCCGCCAGUCUUGCUGGGAGACUAUCGCAAGACCCCUCUCACGGCACGAAGCAACCGUCUGGCAGUGUUCCCUUACCCUCUAGAGGUCCCUGCAUGUAUCAAACGCUUUUUCGAGUGGCGCCAGAGAGUUCAUGACGAAAAGCAGCUGCACCCGCUGAUCAUCGCUUGUCAGACUGUGGCUUACUUCCUCCACAUACACCCUUUCCCGGAUGGAAACGGCAGGACUUCAAGGAUCAUUAUGCACGAUUACUUACUACGCCACGGAUACGUGCCUAUUGUCUUUAGUGCCUUGGAGCGAGCGGACUAUCUGAGGAUGAUCAAGGAUGCACAGAAUCGCAAGCCUGAUGAAUUCGUCAAUCGAGUCCUGGUGACCCAACUGGAGAUACUUCGAGCUUACCAGAGCGAGGAGUUCUAG